AUGAAGCACGCAAAAGGUUUGAGGCGCACAACUGUCUCUGCAGGCCUUGUGCUUCUUCUCAGCUAUCAGCUUUCUUGUGGCUCAACCGAAUCCAGAUGUCCAAAGCAUAUAGUCAAAGAUGGCUUCGGAAACUGCAAGAUUUUGAGGCUUCAACUGAGAGGUGGUAAGUCUGAAGACCAUACUGCGAAUGCAGAAAAUUUCAACACCUCGUGGAAAACCACGAUCAAUCAAAACAGCAAUCUUCCUGUCGACAUCAUGAAUUCUCCGUUGGCGACAGAAGAGGAGCGAGAGUUCCUUGAAAAUUACGAGAGGGAGACCAAUGUUAGUGAGGUUGGGGAACUUGACGACACAGGUUACAAAUGGAGUAUUUUAAAACCUGGCAGCGGGCAUUUUCCCUAUCCUCGUGUUCCUCUGCGAUAUCUUUACAAUGAGACUCUAGCGAAUCGCGAUCCAUAUAUACAGGCUCUCAAGAGAAGUAAUGUUUCUGCGAAUGAGAACCUUUGGAUGCCUGACAUGUUGCCAAAAGAGCAUGAUGAUACAUUGGACGGCUUCAUUGACUAUUACAAUGAUCCAAGCUCUGAAGACAAAGAUUCGCGCUAUCCUGACUUGACUAGACUUGAUGUUUGCCCGGAGGUUCCUCAAGAUCCCGAAAUAUUCGAGUUUCCUGUCUACACAAGAACCAAGCAGCAUGAAGAAGCUGCCGAGGAAGGUGACUUCGCAGGAAUGGUCCUUGGCUGUGGGGGAAACGAUCUCGGACAGCUUGGGGUCGGAGAGGGUCAGCCUGGCGAACCAGCACAUGGUAGCAUUCCCGAGCACGCACGAGGAGCUGAUUUUGGCUAUGACGCUCGAGGAUUCCCCAUUGAUCAUGCCGGCGACGAGCACUACGGCUCUAACACAGUCCCAGUUGCUCUCGACCGUCUUCGACAUGUAGCGAUCAAGUUCUUGCGGUGUGGAUGGAACCACGCAUUUGCACUUGCAGAGGAAAAGGAUGGUCAGCAAACUCUAUAUGGGUGGGGAUGCAACAUCUACCGGCAAGUAGGUAUCGACACAGAUGUUCCGAUCGAUGCCCCGCAUCAAAUUCACCUUGAACGGGUGAAUCAGAAUAUCAAAGACAUUGCUUGUGGCGUCUGCCAUUCGCUUGUUCUCUGCAACGAUGGAUCUGUUUUCUCCUUUGGAGGGAAUGUGCAUGGACAACUUGGUCUUGAUAUUCCCUUGGAAAGAAAAAUUUUCAAACCUCAACGAGUUUGCUUGCCAGGGAAAUGUGUUUCAAUUGCUUGUGGUGAUUUUCAUUCAAUGUUCUUGCUGGAGGAAGGAGAUCUCUUCGCUUGCGGCUUGAAUUGUUGUGGUCAGUUGGGAAUAGGAGACUCGUGUGAAAACGUCUCGCGUCCUCUCCCUGUGGAAGCUUUUGAUGGUGUAGGGGUGCGAGAAGUGGGUUGCGGCGGGGAGCAUACAAUAGUUGUGGAUCGCAACGAGGGGGUUUGGGCUUUUGGUAGUAAUUGCUUUGGUCAGCUUGGAUGCCUCAAGCAUCCCUCAACAUUUCACCCUCCUGAAAGCUGCAAGGAGACUGAACCGAUUGAAAUGGUAUUCAGACCCGACAAACCCGCUGUACGAGUUUCAAAGAUAAUCUGUGGAGUUCAACACACGAUCCUCUUGUUUGAAGAUGGUGAGCUGUGGGGAUGCGGGAGAAAUACCUUCGGAGCUCUGGGGCUGACCCAUGAGGCGAUGGCUUACCACCUGACACCGAUCACGCCAUGGUGGAAGCAGUUUCACAACUUCAGUCGAGUUCUUGAGGUGGCAUGUGGAUUCGAUUUCACUAUUGCAGCCUUGGACAACGGCGAUGUGGUUGCUUGCGGCAUGAAUGAUAGAGGACAGUUGGGAUUGGGCAACUGGAUACGGCCAACUGGUGAACUUGGAACGGAGAAUUUUGAUGAAAUCAUGACGUUCGCUACUGCAGAACCAGUACCGAUACCUGCAUACUGCCAGCGAGGCUUUCACAUCGCAUGCAUGAUGGAGACUAGCUUUGCCUAUAGCAGCUCUUACAAAGCACACGCCUCCGAAGAGUUUGUAUAG